GUCAGCUCGGGUUCUGGCGCCCCCGGCAGGACGCGGAGGCUCAGGCUCCGCCCAACCUUCCCGGGAAAACUCGGAGGGGCGGCGACCCGACAGCCCGCCGCUCUCAGGGUCCUCGGCGGAGCGCGACCCACCAGGCGACAGCGGAAACGACCUGAAUGGGGAAUGCCCGUUUGUGCAAUAAACCCUGACUCCGUCUGCACCCCAGGCACCCCGCCCCCGCCCGCCGCAGAGCGGGUGGAGCAGCCGAAUCAAAGGCGCCUUCCCCAGGCCGGGAGUUCCCCGGCGAAGUUUCCUUCCCUGCCUUCACCCCGGUCCCCGGGGGCGGGGGAGGGGCGCGUCCUGCGCGGUCGCCUCCGGCGUCGCGGGGAGCCGGGCGCAGGUGAUCCGCCGCUCGGGCCGCGGGGAAGGGGACUUGUGGCGCCUCCCCGCAGCGCCCGGGGCGGGGCUUGGCUCCGGGAGCGACCCGGCGGGCUGUCAUUCUCCCGGCGUGGCUGACCGGAGCGUCUGGGAAUUGGCGAAGCCAUGUUCCGGAUCGGGGUUCUCCUGCCCCUGAUACUUACCUUUGGGCUGUUGGAAUCAAGUCAGAAUGUUACUAAAAGGGAGGCUGGGUGCCCAGCAGGCCAACAGCGUCAGGACAGAUUCUGCUGUCGGCCAUGUCUUCCUGGUGAACGGAAACAGAGUGACUGCAAGGCUGAUGGGGACAAGCUAGUCUGCGAGCCCUGCCCAGAAGGGCAGGAGUACACAGACAGUACACAUUAUUCUAACAAGUGCAGACGAUGCAAAAUUUGUGAUGAAGAACAAGGCUUAGAAGUGGAAAUAAACUGUACCAAGACCCAGAAUACCAAGUGCAGAUGCAAAUCAAACUUUUUUUGUAACACUCCUCCAUGUGAACACUGUGACCCUUGCAACACGUGUAAAUAUGGAGUCAGUGAGAAAUGCACACGAACCAGCAACACCAGAUGUCAAGAAGGACCCAGAUCCCACUUACUGUGGUGUUUACUCCUCCUGGUGAUUCCAGUAUCUGCAGGAAUUUAUUGUUUGGUGAAAAGACAGCGCCGGAAUAGAAAUGGUCGCCAUGAAUCCGUACCUCCAAAUCCUGAAAUGACCCCAAUGAAUGCAACAGAUGUUAACUUGAGUGACUAUAUUAUCAUCAUUGCUGAAAAAAUGACAAUAAAUCAAGUGAAAGAGUUUGUUCGGAAGAAUGGUAUCAAUGAAGCCAAAAUUGAUGAAAUCAAAAACAACCACCUCCAGGACACAGCUGAACAGAAGGUCCAGCUGCUCCGUAAUUGGUAUCAGCUUCAUGGGAAAAAAGAUGCAUAUUCCACUCUGAUUAAAGGUCUCCAAAAAGCUAAUCUUCAUGCUCUUGUAGAGGAAAUUCAAGGCAUAGUCCAAAAGGACAAUAUUGGUCAACAUGAAAAUGCUAACUCCAGCAACGGAACUGAAAGCCAGAGCUUGGUCUAAAGUGAAAAACAACUAACUCUGUUCCGAGAAUAACAAUCAAGGGGAAGAAAAAUUAGUGUUCACAUAUGUUUUUGAUGGGAAGAGGCUUCAAAUAUUGCUUGACUUUUUACUGGGUAUGUUUUUUCUUCACUUAUUGGAUGUGUACAGCCAAUAUAUUUACGGGUCUAGAGGAUCUUAUGUUCCUGUCUUCAGGGGUGUUUAAAAUCUAGACAGACAUGGUGGAGAAUAAAUGCAGGGGCAUGUUAAGUACGCAAGCAGGAGACAAAAGAUUGGGAUCAUGUCUUGUAUCUAAUGUAUGUUCUGUAGAUAUGGAAACAAUGACUGCAUGUGAAGACAAAGAUCUGUCUACAGGCUGAUCCUAUCCAUGAAUCAAUAGAAGCGAUGACCUCUUGAUGUGAUAUCACAAUUACCAGAGACACAACUUUGCCUCUGAAUUACCUCCCCAGCCCUGGGAUGAUGCUGGAGAUUCCACUGUAUGCAUAAACUUUGUUUACAACUCUGAGUGUAUUCAGGGAACACUGGUGUAUACCUCUGAGUGUUGAAUUUCAGAAAGGUUCUGCUUCGAAGAUUUCUUCAUAGAUGAUUGGCAUUGCGUUGUGGGCUCUUUUAAUUUUGCAUUCACAUGGGAGAUGCAGACUUGAUUAUCAUGCUUGAAAUCUGUAUGCCAUUUUACUGGCAUACCAAUAUAGUUGACUUCUUUCUUAAGCACCAAAACAUUUCGAUCAGGGAUGUGUUCCUGGAGAGCUACCACCUCCCCAUUUCUAUCCUGGUCGUACAUCUCAAACCCCUCUACCUCUCGAACCUGGAAGCAUUAUCUGUGAAACAUGGAGAGCCACUGAAAUCUAGUUCUGCUCUUAGAAGCUUCUAGCCUGGGUUGGAGAGACUCACCGCUCUCACAGAGGUAGUUUUUUGGCAUGUCAUGAACCCGUGUUCUACCACCAGAGCUGGUAAAGUAGGCUCUUAUUUUGCCGUCCCCCACAAAAUGAUCAGUAACUCCCCAUAUUUCUCUUGCUACAAAUGCAGCUUAUGCAUCAGGUUUUAGGGCGCUUUUUUAUUACGUCCUGCGGCUUCUUUGACACAUAAGCCCCUCUCCCCUUUUCAAGAAUUCACAAACUGUGUGUUAAUUUUCAUAAAGACUACUUGUAUUUAUAUUGAUGUAAACUGAAGAGAGGUAAAAACUGGAAUGACACUUAGAACUACCUAAAGAGUUUCCACUGAUGGAAGAUUUUUCCUCCUUAUGUUUGGAAAUGUAAAAUAGAUGUAAAAAUAUUUAAUUAAAAUUAUGUUUUUAUA